GUAUAUAUAUAUAUAUAUCAUAUAUGUGUGUGUUUGAUGCAAUGAAAUUUAAGAUUUGAAAAAAAAACCCAGAAAGUCUUUUGUCAUUUUCGAUUGUUUUUGUGGAGGAUUUUUUUUUUUUCCAUUUUUUAAGUUUAUAUUUUGCAGAAAUGUAGUCCUAUUCUUUUGUAUUUCUUUGUAUACACUCAAACAUACAUACAUGCAUACACACAUACACAUGUCUAUAUGACACUGUCUAUAUAACACAAACACUUAUCUAUAAACUUUAUAUAUUAUUUUAAAUUCAUAUAUUAUUUUUCCCUUUCUCUUUUGUUUAACACACCAUAAAAACACUAGGUUCAUUAAGGGCUAAGGUAUAUAUAUAUUUAUAUUCAUAGGGUUCGGAGCAAGUUGCUUUCUUGUAUUUUAGCUAUCCAAAAAGUUUCAAUUUGUAGUUGCUGAAUAUCGCAAUGUGACUGAUUCUGUGUUGCUUUCAAUCUCUGCCUCACCAUUUCCUAAUAUUCAGAGCCUCAAAAGGAUUUACCCAUCUCAAAAGGAACCACGUGGAGUACAGAUUUUAUUUACCAUUUUUACCAAUUAUACCUAAAUGGAUAUUAUUAAUUACUAAUUCUUCAAGGAAACUUGGUUUUUUUACUAGGAGUCAAAGAGGGGAAAAAUAAAAAAAAAACAUUAAAAUCCAAACUUGCCAACAAACCUUCUUCAAACUAAAUUAAACCAAAUCCAAUCUAAACAAGGAAUUUUUCAAACUUGGAAACAUAUUUUAUUUGUCAGAAAGGAAAAACACCGAAGAAUUUAUUAGAAUCAUAAAAACCGAUAUUGCAGCAAACAUGGCAGUAAAUAAAGAAAAACCAUUAGCGUUUACCAUUUCUUUUUCUCGACCGUUCUACAUUGAUCUGUUUGUGCUGAUUGUCUGUGUUCUUGGACUGGCUAAUGCUCAGCAACCGCCUUGCAUCGUCAAGGGGUGCAUCUACACUCGUUUGCCGUGGUACGGCUAUUUAAUUCAAAAGACAUUCCACAGAGACAUGGCAAAAAUUCAGUACCAGUUAUGGUACCCGGUCAGUGAAUGCUGUGCAAACCUGCUGAUUUAUUAUGACGACCAGUUGCGUACACUCAACGACAAAAUGUCGUGUUCAGAAAGGGAACGUAUUUUACCUGCAGAUAAUAACCAAAUUAUACCCCUCUACACGGGGAAUCACAAAUCUGUAGGUUGUAAAAUAUCGAACGAAACAGGUAAAUCAAUUUAUGUGUGUAUUGGCGAACGGACAUUUCGAUCAACUGGUGCCCGAACCUGGUAUUUUGCUAUAAGUCGUUGUAGUUCUAAAACCCACUUAAACUUAAACUAUUUCUUUAAUAUUACAGGAUUCUAUGGAACCUGUGAAGAAGAUGCCCUGUCUUUCUCCAAGACUUAUAUUCCUCCCAAACAGAACAAUGGUACAAACCUUUAUGCUGUUAUUUUUGGUGUUGUGUCCGGCGUGAUGUUGAUUUUGGCUGUUCUUUUCUUCUCAUUGUGGUGCGUAGCUGUCCGGCGUAAAACAAGUGGCUCAGUAACCUCGAGCCAAGCAACUAUGACCCAUGACAUAUUCUACGUGAACCAUUCGCUCUCUGACCGCGAGCAGGCCGACUACUCGCAGUCAAGUUCGGAGAACUACUAUGAGGUGAUCCCGGAAAGAAGAAGCUAUGAAAGCAUCAGUGCACAGGCUGCAUCGACAGCAGAACGCCACCACAGCCUGCGUACGCACGCGACCCUCGCCAAAGAGCACCGAACGCAUACGACAUACAUCUUCGACGACUACCCGCCUCCUCCCUACCAUCCUCCCCAGCCCACUCCAAGCAAAGGCCAACCACAGCGGCAGCCAGUCCAGGUUAUCCAGGCAAUGCAGCCCAUUCAGAGCUUGCAGACAGGUAUGCAGACCAGUUUGCAGCCUAGCAUGCAGUCUACUAUGCAGCCUAGCAUGCAGCCUAGCCUGCAGACCACUCUUCAGCCUAGCCUGCAGAACACUCUUCAGCCUAGCCUGCAGACAAGCAUGCAAAGUAGUAUACCAACAGCUGUUAUGCAACCCAAGUUUCAAUCAGCACUCGAAACCAGUGCAUGAAGUAAUACACCAAUGAGAUUUUCAAGCUAAAAAUUUGCUUCAGACAUGAAAAGAGAAAAAAGAAAAAAAAAAUCUAAAUGCCAGAUUUAUUAAGUCUUUCCUUAUCUUUGAUAAUUCCAUGCAUCGAUGUUUGCAAAACAGGCAACUCUUGUCAUUAAUUCCAAGCAAGGAGCAGGGAACCUUUAAGUGAUUUGAUGCGUAUCACUUCUUUGUUCCUCCAAACCUUGAAUCGAACUAGCAAAUUCUAACCUCCUCCAACAAAAAACAACUGCUACAACAGUAUGGUUAUGAUAAUGA